AUGACAGUGAAUGGUAUUGAUAUCAACAUGGAGAUUGAUACGGGAGCAUCGUUCUCGGUGAUUAAUGAGAAAACAUUGCAAGAAAUUAGUCGCGGUAAAGGAAAUCUCGUCUUAAAACAAACUGAAAUUUCCUUACGUACCUACACUGGUGAGAAAAUAUCUCCGAAGGGAAUUACUGAAGUGGUGGUCGAAUACAAUAACCAAGUUAGUCGGUUACCCUUAUUGGUGCUGAAAGGCAAUGGUCCUAAUUUGAUUGGUCGAAAUUGGCUUGAAAACAUUUGCUUAAAUUGGACAAGCAUCAAACGACUAGCCAAGCCUUAA